AUGGGGUACCCGUGCGAAAAAACGCAUAAUCGCACGUCACCGCCAGAGCCAGAUUGGAUUGAAACAAUAACUCGCCAACAGCCUUCGACGACACCAGCUUCGGUGCCGAGAACUGACAGUGCCGCAAAUUUGUACGCUACCAACGGCUGCCGGAAGCACCAUAAGCAUCACAGGAAAAGCUUCUGCCAGAGCAAAUCUGCUCAGUCCGGACAUCACGUCGCCAGUUGUCGUUCGGAAUCUGUAGCAUCAACGGCCCGUAGCUUUGGAACUAGCUUCCAUUAUCCUUUCAAUCUUUUUCAUCCGUUCCAUUCGUCCUCACUUCAGUACCCAUCGAUCAUUUUAGAUAAACUAUCGCAAUUUAUAACAAAACAUGUAGCGGCCAAGAGUGGCUCCAUCAGAACCGCCGCAAAAUUGCAUGCCUCCCGUCCGGAUCCAUUCGAUCAGUCGCUAGCAACUGCUUCACCCAAAUGUCAGCAUUCCCACGACACCGGAUGCAGGCCAUUUUCAACCGAGUUUGUCCCAGCUAGUGAACCGGAUCGUCACCCUCAACCCGAACAGCUUCACGAACAGCAGUCGGCGCUCGGUUCCUCCACGUAUCGAGACAGGCGUGUGCUUAUAUCGGGAGCCUUCGCUUUAUCAACGUCAGCAACGCCAUCACCCCCGUCAUCGGUAGAUCCCUUGAAUGGACCAGUUGCAUACGCUGGCAGCACUGAUACCACAACCGACUGCACUAAGCUGCAAUCCUGCUCAUCAUCGCCAUCACCGUCGAAAUUAGCAUCAUCAUUAUUAUCGCAAUCCUUCGCCUCGCCAUCACCGUUGUCUUCGGCGGCAUCCUCCGUAGCACACCUAACUGCGACUUCGAUUUCAUCCUUAACGAGCGCGACCAAGACUGGGACGACUGCGACAACAGAGACGAUCGAAGAGACAACAACGACGGCAACGACGACGGCGACGACCACGACCACGACUAGACCUAGUAAUAGCCAUUAUCUUGUAAGACAUUCACUUUGUUUAUAUGCCGCGUCUAGCGUCAUACUAGCGUUAUGUUAUCUAACAAUACCAACAGUUGCCUCAGACGCACCACAUACCAUGCGACAAAAAGCACGAUUCGCCGAAGGAAAGUCAGACAAAGAAAUUCUUGAUCAUCUACUGAAAGGAUCGCGAUAUGAUAAGAGGUUGCUGCCACCGGUUGAUGAUGCGGAUUUUUGCUGCGGCAUGCAAACGCCGGAAAUGGCGAAACAUAUGCCCGAUAUGCGCGUUCCAGGACGUCCUCAGAAUCGCGGCUCCCUGACUGUAAAUGUUAGUGUACUACUGUUAAGUUUAGCAUCGCCAGAUGAAUCUAGUCUAAAAUACGAGGUGGAGUUUUUGCUUCAACAGCAAUGGUACGAUCCACGGCUGCGAUACGCGAACCAGUCGCAGUACGAAUACCUGAACGCGAUCCAUCAUCACGAGGAUAUCUGGCUGCCGGACACGUACUUCAUCAUGCACGGCGACUUCAAGGAUCCGAUCAUACCGAUGCACUUCGCGUUGCGGAUAUACCGCAACGGUACGAUCAACUAUUUGAUGCGGCGGCACCUCAUCCUCUCAUGCCAGGGUAGACUGAACAUUUUUCCCUUCGAUGAUCCGCUGUGUUCAUUCGCGUUGGAAAGUAUAUCAUACGAGCAGUCAGCAAUACGAUAUGUUUGGAAAAACGACGAGGACACUCUGCGGAAGAGUCCUUCCCUAACCACUCUCAAUGCGUACUUGAUCCAGAACCAAACAAUAACUUGUCCCAUCAAAGCCAGCUGGAGAGCCGAAGGACAAACGUUGUCAGAGGAAGACGAAGAAUUUCUCUGUAAUUUAUGUCAGAGGCGGUUUGAGGAGCAAGGAAAUUACAGUUGUCUGAAAGUGGAUUUAAUAUUUACAAGAGAUCGAGCGUUCUAUUUCACGACCGUAUUCAUACCGGGAAUAAUACUGGUGACGUCAUCGUUCAUCACCUUCUGGUUGGAGUGGAACGCGGUACCGGCCAGGUCCAUGAUAGGCGUCACAACAAUGCUGAAUUUUUUCACCACCUCCAACGGUUUCCGCAGUACACUUCCGGUGGUGUCGAACCUGACGGCGAUGAACGUGUGGGAUGGCGUGUGCAUGUGCUUCAUCUACGCCUCGCUGCUGGAAUUUGUCUGCGUCAACUACGUGGGCCGGAAGCGACCGUUGCACAACGUUGUAUAUCGGCCCGGCGAGAACCCAGUCACACAGCGUCUUCCAGCUGUCCUAAACAGGAUCGGAAUAAUUCUCGCAAGCCCCCUGACAUCACGAUUAUUGUCGGAAACUAUCGAAACCGAGUUCCGCACGGCCAUCGCAUCGGAGAAAACUGCCGCUGGCACCCAACCGGGAACAACGGCAACGACACCUUCCCCCCUUGGCGGCCCCAAUUCAGCGGCUACAACGGCUAGUGCUUCCUCCUCUCGGCCAGCCAGCAUCCUCGUGGAAGAAGGCGGCGACGCUACCGCUAGACAGCGGGUUCAACGGCAGCAGACUGUACAGACUCAAAUCAACGACGUUGGCGUGAUGGAAACGAGCUUUGGUGUGAAGAAACGAGAGUCGGGUGGACCGAACGAGAUCGUGGCCUGUACCAGCUGCGCCGGAGGCACCAGUCCUUGCACACACUCGGCGAACAACGGUUGCGCAACUGAGACCUGUUUCGUCCAGGUUCGGAAAAAGGAGCCACCUCAUCCGAUUCGGGUGGCAAAGACCAUCGAUGUCAUCGCCCGGAUUACCUUUCCGUCAGCGUACGCAGUGUUUCUAAUAUUUUUCUUCAUCCACUACAAAGGAUUCUCCUAG